AUAGAUCGGGUGCUGCGCAGUACAGAAGCAUCUCUCCUCUCUCUCUAAAUUUGGGUGGCGACACUGGUGAGUCGUCUGCAGAAGAAGAAGAAGAAGAAGAAGAAGAGAGAGGAAAUUGGACAGGAGAACCGAUCUUCGUGCCCUAAUCAUCGAACCAUAAUUGGACCGAGCAAUUCGCGCUCUUCCUUCCAUUUCCGCCACAUGUUCUUCCCAAUCCAUUCUUCUCCUCUUCCUCUUCGGUUUUGGUGAUUACAGAGUUUGAUUGUUCUCAAAUUCGUUUUGGGAUCGAUCUGGUGGCCAACAUCAUGACUGGUAGUAACCAGUUGAUCUCUGUUCAUCCCGACGAGCUCAAGUUUCAUUUUGAGCUGGAAAAACAGAGCUUUUGUGAUCUGAAGGUUGUGAACAAUACAGAACAUCAUGUUGCUUUUAAGGUUAAAACCACUUCACCAAAGAAGUACUUUGUACGACCCAACACUGGGGUUAUACAGCCUUGGGACACUUGUUUCAUAAGAGUCACCCUUCAAGCCCAAAGUGAAUAUCCUCCAGAUAUGCAUUGCAAAGAUAAAUUUCUCUUACAAAGUACGAUAGUGCCUCCACAUACUGAUCUCGAUGAGCUUCCUCCGGAUACUUUCAAUAAGGAUGGUGGAAAGAUAAUUGAAGAGUGCAAGCUUAAAGUUGUGUAUAUGCCUGCCUCAGCUCAUGGAAAUUCAGAUGAUGAAGAAUUGAGGAGCUCCAAACAAAGUCCCGAGAACAACUCUGCCUUGCAGCACUUGAAGGAUGAAAGAGAUUCAGCUGUUCAGCAAACACAGCAAUUGCAACAGGAACUGGAUAUGCUGAAGAGGAGAAGAUACAGGAAAAGUGAUCCAGGCUUCUCCUUCACAUUUGCCCUUUUUGUAGGACUAAUUGGAAUCAUGGUUGGCUUCCUCUUGAACCUAUUGUUGUCAUCGCCUUCUACAUAACAGCGACACCCUUCACAGCCUUGGGACACAAAUCUCCAUGUCCAUUUCUUUGUAUAAUUUCUGAUAUGUUGGCUUCUCCAAGUUUUAUUUUUAUUUUUGCUUUUAUGCUGUUCUUUUCUUCUUUGUAUAUUGGUUAUUGAAAUUGUUGCAGAUCUGUUGGCUUUUAUUCCAUGAGCGUUCAGAAUUUGAGCUCUGCAUUUGAUCUAAUGUUUGGAAUUACCUCUUUAGCUGAAAA